CAUCAAAGUAUCUUUAGAACACGUCGCCGUCUUCUUCUUCCUCUUCUGGUACAGACAAUAAAUCUCCAUCUCUCUCUCUCCUCGUUUUCACAAACAGUUAGUACAAAACUCUUUCCUUCAAGUUAUCAAAAAUACUUUUGUUUCUUCCUCAUCUUCAAUCCUCUCUCGGCUGUCUAAAUUUGCAAGAGACACAACAAUGGUUGAGCGUGGUAAUAAGAGAACUCAUAACCGUACUGACAACAACAACAACAACAGGAACCAAAAGAGAAGACUUUCACACCAAACCGAAGAAAAACUCAACAACAACAACAAAGACGAUCUCGUCGUCUACAGAAUCCUCUGCCCUAGUGUGGUCAUCGGAAGCGUGAUAGGCAAGAGUGGCAAAGUCAUCAACACGAUCAGACAAGAAACCAGAGCCAGAAUCAAAGUCGUUGACCCUUUCCCAGGCUGUACCGAAAGAGUCCUAACGAUCUACUGCACGGUCAACGACAAGAAGGACAUUGUGGAUAUAGAGAACAGCGACCACCAGAUCACCCCUUUGUGUUCUGCUCAAGACGCUCUGCUAAAACUCCAUGAUGCUAUUGUUGCUUCUUUAGCUACUGCUGCCGAGAACAGUAAGAUAGGUAGAGAUGAUAUUAGAGAGUGCCGGCUUUUGGUUCCCACUAGUCAGUGUUCUAAUGUGAUUGGUAAAGCUGGCUCGACGGUUAAGAAGGUUAGGAGUAGAACCGGAGCUAACGUUAAGAUUGUGUCUAAAGAUGUCUCUGAUCCUUCACAUGCUUGUGCUAUGGAUUUUGACAACAUUGUUUCGAUAUCUGGAGGGGCUGAGUCUGUGAAGAAAGCACUGUUUGCUGUUUCUGCAAUCAUGUACAAGUUCAGUCCUAAAGAACAGAUUCCUCUGGAUGCAACUGUUCAAGAAGCUCCUGCAAGUAUUAUAAUCCCAUCUGAUCUUUCCAUCUAUCCGCAAACCGGUUUAUACCAGAGUCAAGAUCCUAUCUUCCAACAUGGAGCCAAUGUUCCAUCCUUUAUAGGGACACUUCCACAGGGCUAUGGAGAAACCGCAACGCCGGUUUUCUCUUCCUCCGCUCUUCCUGUGGUUCAUCAUGGUACUUUUGGCGGUGUGUCUUCUUCUUCUAGGCAAGAAGAGUUGGUUGUGAAAGUUUUGUGCUCUUCUUCCAACAUCGGUCGAGUUAUCGGGAAAGGAGGUUCGACCAUUAAGGGGAUAAGACAAGCGAGCGGGUCUCAUAUCGAGGUGAAUGACUCGAGGGCGAGGGCGAAUCAUGAUGAGGACUGUGUUAUCAUUGUAACGUCCAAAGAGUCUCCUGAUGAUUUGAAGUCAAUGGCGGUUGAGGCUGUGCUUUUGCUUCAAGAGAAGAUAAACGAUGAAGACGAGGAGAAGCCUAAGAUGCAGCUCCUUGUGCCUUCUAAGGUGAUUGGAUGCAUUAUAGGGAAGAGUGGCUCGAUCAUAAGCGAGAUUAGGAAGAAGACAAACGCUAAUAUCUAUAUCUCGAAAGAGAAUAAUAAGUGUGCUGAUCUAAAUGAUGAGCUCGUUGAGAUAUCUGGUGAAGCAAGCAAUGUGAGGGAUGCGCUUAUUCAGAUAGUUUUGAGGCUUCGAGAUGAUGUUUUGAGAGAUAGAGAGACGAGUGGUUUCAGGAACCAACAACCUCCUGCAAGAUCUGAGAAGAGUAGUAGUUACUUCUCUUCUUCGGAGAGAAGUAAUGCUGCUGCUGCUCUUGCACUAACUCCAUCUUUCAUGUCUUCUGUUCCGCAAGUUGCUUCUGUGGAUUAUGAUAGGAGACCAGAGACUGGCAUGAGCGGUGGACUCUAUGGUUAUGGAAGUUUUCCGGUGGGGGAUAAUAGUUAUGGAUCCAACUCUUCUUACUCAUCCAGUAGAUAUGGAGGGCUGCCUCAGUCUUCUACUACAAUAAUGGAGAUUCGAAUCCCUUCAAAUGCAGUGGGUAAAGUAAUGGGGAGAGGAGGAGGCAACUUGGACAACAUAAGAAGGAUAUCAGGAGCUAUGAUAGAAAUAUCUGAUUCGAAAUCAUCUUCACAUGGUGGUCGCAUUGCUCUCAUUUCCGGAACGCCUGAACAGAAGCGUACCGCAGAGAACUUGUUCCAAGCUUUUAUCAUGUCCACUUGAGUAUGUGUUCCUGUCUUUCUAGCUCCCUCUCCUUCCAUCAAGCUCGUGUUUGACUAUGGUUGGAUCUGUAUUCUAUCAUCCAGACAUUCGAUAUUUCACCAUCCAUCCGGUAACUUUUUAUAGUAUCUCGUGCUAUAGACUUUUUCAGGACCAUUCUUUCUCCCUUCCCUUGCGAGCUGUUCGCUUAAUAAAUGAUUAUAUUAUCUCUGUGCAAUAAAAAAGACAAAAUCGUUGUUAUUUCAAUCAAGCUUUGCCUAUUCUCUCUGCUCUAUGCUUUAGUCCAAAGCAGUCCCUAUCAGUUAUGUGUUGGUUUUUCUGUCUCAGCUUAUUCAAAUGUGAUGCCAAGUUAUACUCAUCACAUCUCAUCAAAUCAAAUCAAAUCAUGUUCUUGUGUGUUUCUCUUAGAAAUUUCUGCAGUGAACAAACCAUAGCUUUUAUAGCCUAGUGAACUUGAGUAUUGCAUCUUUUCUCCUUACAGACCGUUAUCUUAGAAUCUGAUCAUUUCAAAAUGCAAUGGCUUUUGCCAAUGGAUAACUUUCUUCCCGUUCUCUGCUAUAGUUUACAGCCUUUUUUUGGCUAUACCUCCAGUUCAUUGAUUCAUCUUCUUUGUCUCUAGCUCUGCUACCGUUUCUGAUUCACUCUGAGCAUCUUUUGUCCAUACUUGAUCAUGAUCCAUCCUUUAGUGCUUGUAGCAUACUAGGUUAUGAGUAGAGGAUUUUAGCAGUAGAACCCGCAACAGUAAAGCUUCACUGAUUGUGUUGUGUGUUUCACUCUAGCUUUUGAGGGUCUUGUCUUGUCACUCCGCACUGCGUCUUUAAGAUUCCCUCAUUAGAGUCAAUGUCUUGAGUUUUCUGAUUGUGUUGAGGUUUUUGUUUUAGCAUUUAUGCAGACAAACCCUGGGGUUCAACUUAGUAACUAAAGGUUGCUAGAAACCGGCAACAAUUUUUUUUUGUUUUUGUUUCUGCUUUUAGCUUUUGCGGUUUGAUCGUUUUCGAAUAGGCCCUUUGAACAUUCCUAACCAUUCUCUGUCUCCACGUUUCUUCUUCCCCGCUUAAUCCCAACAGUCUUUCAUCAAUUGUGACUAUGUGUGUAUAUAUUGCUUAGUUCUUAGUAAAUAAUAGUCUUAAGCAUUUUUUUUUUCUAUAAAGCAAAAGUUGAUAGAUUAUUAGAAACAGAUAGAUGUUGAUCCCUUUGGAAGCUUUUUCAGAAACGUAUAUGGUCAUUGUAGUAGUAGUCGAUGAUUACGUUACGCAAUUGUAAAGUGAAUUUUCCAUUUGUUUGUAAUAAUAUAUAAUGUGAUUAAUAU